AUGGCUAACUAUUAUGAAGUGCUGGGGGUACAGUCGAGCGCCUCCUCAGAGGACAUCAAGAAGGCCCUACGCAAGCUGGCCUUGCGCUGGCACCCUGACAAGAACCCUGACAACAAGGAAGAAGCUGAGAAGAAGUUCAAGCAGGUGUCCGAGGCCUAUGAGGUCCUGUCUGACUCCCGAAAGCGCUCUGUCUAUGACCGAGCAGGCCGUGACAGCUGGGUAGCUGGUGGCGGGGCCAGUACCCCUUACAACAGCCCCUUUGACACUGGCUACACCUUUCGAAAUCCUGAGGACAUCUUCCGCGAGUUUUUUGGUGGCCUGGACCCCUUCUCCUUUGACUUUUGGGUUACCCCGUUCAACAGUGACCGUGCUAGUCAGGGCCAUGGCCUGAGGGGUGCCUUGUCUGCUGGCUUUGGUGAGUUCCCAGCUUUCAUGGAGGCCUUCUCAGCUUUCAACACACUGGGCUGGGGUGGGAGUGCUAGCCGUACCACCUUCUCAUCCAUCUUUGGGGGCUCUGGCUCUGGCAGUUCAGGGUUCAAAUCAGUGAUGUCAUCUACUGAGAUGAUUAACGGACACAAGGUCACCACCAAGCGCAUCAUGGAAAACGGGCAGGAGCGUGUGGAAGUGGAGGAGGAUGGGCAGCUCAAGUCAUUGACCAUCAAUGGCAAGGAGCAGCUCAAACGGAUGGACAGCAAGUAA